CCCCCCGCUGCUGACCGGCUCCCAGCCCCCGGCUCCCCCCCGCCGCCGCUGCGAGGCCGCCCGGCCGGGAGCAGGAUGAUGAACUCGCUCCUCUUCGGGGAGAUGGCGCGAGCCUUCUCCGCCGGCCCGGCCCCCGGCGCCUUGGGCCCCGGCAGCCCCGCGGCGGCGGCGGCCUCCCCGCCGGUGACCGCGGCGCUGCGGAACGACCUGGGCUCCAACAUCCACCUGCUGAAGGGGCUGAACGUGCGGUUCCGCUGCUUCCUGGCCAAGGUGCACGAGCUGGAGCGGCGCAACCGGCUGCUGGAGAAGCAGCUGCAGGCGCAGCAGAGCGAGCGCGACCGCCGCUUCCGCUACAAGACCUUCUCCCGGGACCAGGCCGUGCAGACGGACGCGGGGCCCCCGGCUGCCGGCCCGGGCGCCCUGCCGCCCGGCCCCGCCGCCGCCGCCCCCCCGCCGCCGCAGCACUACGGCCGCCUGCCGGGCACCAUCUGGAGCUACACCCAGGUGCGCCGCACCGGCGGCGGCGGCCUGGAGACCCUGCAGGGGCCCGGCGUCUCCUGGGUCCACCCGGACGGCGUCGGGGUGCAGAUCGACACCAUCACCCCCGAGAUCCGGGCCCUCUACAACGUGCUGGCCAAAGUCAAGCGGGAGAGGGACGAGUACAAGAGAAAAUGGGAGGAGGAACUGGCAAAGCGAAUGAGUCUGGAGUCUAUGGUGGAAACCCUGCAAGAGGAGGCUCAAGAAGCUGAAGCUGUCCAGGAAGAGUUAAAUGAAAAGAUUGAGCGGCUGAAAGCAGAGCUUGUUGUCUUUAAGGGUCUGAUGAGUGAUCCCAUGACAGACCUGGACACAAAGAUCCAAGAAAAGGCCAUGAAGGUGGACAUGGACAUCUGCCGUCGAAUCGAUAUUACAGCUAAGCUGUGCGAUGUAGCACAGCAGCGCAACUCUGAAGACGUUUCCAAGAUAUUCCAGGUGGCUUCCAAAAAGAGAGAACGCAAGCUAACAUCUGACGAAGACCUCUCUGAGCAGGAUGGAGACAACAGCAGAUUAUCAGAUGACGAAGUCAGCUGUUCUCUGAACAUUACAGAUGAAAUGAAGCGAAUGUUUAAUCAGCUGCGUGAGACAUUUGAUUUUGAUGAUGACUGUGACAGUUUAACAUGGGAGGAGAAUGAAGACACCCUGCUUCUCUGGGAAGACUUCACAAACUGCAAUCCUUCAAUUGACCUGCAAGGAGAACAGGAGGAGAAUCUGGGAAACUUGAUCCAUGAAACAGAAUCUUUCUUCAAAACAAGAGACCAAGAAUAUCAGGAAACAAUAGGACAGAUCGAGCUGGAGCUAGCCACAGCCAAGAGUGACAUGAAUCGCCACCUCCAUGAAUACAUGGAAAUGUGCAGCAUGAAGAGGGGCCUGGAUGUACAGAUGGAAACCUGUCGUAGACUUAUCAAAGGCUCGGCUGACAGAAAUUCUCCAUCUCCCAGCUCUGUAGCCAGCAGUGACUCAGGAAACACAGACGAGAUUCAAGAUGAGUUUGACAGAGAGGCGGACGUGGAGCCUAUGGUCAGCUGAUACAUAAUCUGAGCAUUCCAGUGAAAGGGAAAAUACAGAAAGGAAAAAAAAAAAAGGUGGAAAAAAUAGAAUACUGACCGAACAGACUAAAAGGCCCUGGCACAGGGUUCCUGAGGACUCAUUCCGAUACGCAUCCCCACCCCACCUGAGGAUUGGUGCUGUACAUUUCUACUGUUCUACCAAUUACAAAUGCAGAAUUCUGUAAGAAAACAUGGUGUUUUAAUGGUGCCUUUGCCCCAAGCUGAGCCACUUUGACUCUAAUGGAAUAUUAAUAGCAGGUGUUUUUUAUAAGAAAAAUAAAAAGGGGGGGGCGGGGAAUCUGGCUGCAGCAGAGAAUGAUGCUGCAAAUGUUUUGGGUGUUUCAGUAGGCUUAUGACUUACUGAAGGGCUGCACUGAUUGGCAGAAGGAACACUGUGGCAAAAUGAGCAUGGACCACAACACAAUUACAGUAUGACGACCAUAGUUCUCUGGCAAAAAAUAAAAUAAAAAUGUAAACACCUCCAAAUGUAGCUGUUAACGCCAUUUAAAAAUAGCAGUGGGUUAGAGGCAGACUUUAGGCUCAUGCAAUUAUAAGGUAUCCAAAGGAAUCUCUUUAUGCCAUCUGUCUGGGUGGAGGGACCUUUGGAGUCUGCACAAGCUUUUUGGCUGAGUCUAGAAUCACAAGAAGCAGUUCUCAGCUCGGUGGCAAAGCAGAUGGACAGGGUACACUGGGGUGGGAAUAUCACCGUUAAACUACUAUGCAAAAAAAAAAAAAGCUUGCCUUAUUUAUACGGAAUGUUUGGUCCCUGCUGGGCUAGAGUUAUCUCUUGGUGGAAGGAAAGCUAAAAACAGUUGCACAUGUUAGUUAUCUGUAGAGCUUCCUUUGUGGAGGAAUGCCUGUUACAAUGCCUUUGUUUCCUGGGAUGGGAUUAGGAGGGGGAUCAGCCCUUCAGUUCCUGAAUUUUUUCACAAUACUUUUUUUUUUAACCAUAAUAGUUGCAGGUCUUACUUUACUGUCUGGGAGAUAAGCAGCAUAAAAUGCAGUUUCAUGAGCAGCGUGGUUGAAGCAUCAGGGUAAACUGACACACCGUGCUGUAGAUGUAGGCUUGAGAUGUGACAUCAUUACAGACCACUAUUCUUUGGAAAAGCUGAAAAUCAGAAAAUACUGUAAUCCUUUUUAGGGCACAGUAAAAACGAAUCCUAAACUACUGCUGCUCUGGAAUUAGGAAAUAACAGCCAUGUGCUUUCUCUGUGAGAAAGCAAGUAGACCUAGGCCUUACGUGUCUGUUCCUCUGUAUUUUAAACCAGAGAAAGCAGCAUCAAAAGUCUAAUUUAUUUACUUUCUAUUCAGGGAGCUGGUGGCAUGAGAUGGGCUGUUCUUGGUUAUAAUUAGGAAUUGUCACAACUGAGCCAAGAGAAAAGGGGAAUGGAAAUCUCUGACUUUAAGCAAGCAGAAAACAGUACCAGAUUGUUUUGCAGGCCACUGUUGAAGACAUAAUAGCUCUUAAAAGUAACUGUGUAGCUAGUGACCAUUUUAAGAUUUAGAGACUAAAUUUCAAAUUAUCUCCCCCUCCCCCCCAUGAAACUCCUCCCACAGCGGGUUUAAAAAUACUGAGAGUGGGAGUGGUUUUCUUCCCAUAUAGAUUGGACAGAGAAAUGUCAGGUUUUAGCAUCCUCUCAAUGUUAAGUGGUGCUAAGAUGGCUGUUCUGUACUCAUCAACUUGAAAUAAAAUCAGGGGGAUGGCAUUGUGAGCAAACAAUCUAGUACACAUCAGAGUGCUGCUUUCUCCAUAACAGAGCACAAGCCUCACUAAAGUAGUGUCUGUAUUAGGCAGAGGAUGCCUUUUUGAAUUUUGCACAACUUGCUUCACUUUGGGGGCAGUGUAACCCUGACAGAUCCUUGCUUGUAGAGAAGCUUCGUGUAAAGUAUCAUCUUAUUGACUCUGGUUCCAUGCACUGCUGCCUGUAGUUCUUUCAUCGCUCUUCCUGUUGAGUGUCCUGUAGCUGACUUCUUAGACCCAGACUGAAUUGUGUGGGCCAUCUGAAACAUAUGCCCCCCCCCAUAUCUUUCCAGGUGGAAAGAACUACUGUGAUGAGACCCUUCUGGAUCCACAAUGUGAGUUUAAAUUACUCCCGUCCAUGAAAAGAACUGUAAUGCAGGGACACACUAUUAAUUUUACUUUUCUUGCAGUUUGAAACAUUCAAGCCACUUGUGCAUAAUCUCUUGUUAGGAGCUCUUUUAUCAAUCAUACUGUACCUCAGUGGCCUUUUUAAAAUGUUUCAUUACAUGUGUAAUUUUCUGUUUAGGUCUUUUUUUAAAAGAAACCUGUAUUCCAAAGUGCUCAUUCCUAGCAUCUCUUAUCUAGCCAAAGCAGUAAGUUAUGUUCACUAGGAGUGGGGUUUGUAGGGUGGAAUGAAAAAUACAUGUCAGUCAUGCCCUUUUGAUAAGGGAGUGGGACUCCAUGUUUUCAGUUAAAGUAUUUUUAAGGUUACCAAGCCUCUUUGAACCUCAGCUGCUAAAUACAUUAGGUUUCUCAAAAGGUUGAGAGACCAUCUGCCAAAGCUGAAUGUUUGUAGUUAGUACUCUAGUGAUUUUGGAGGAAACUUUGUUUAUAACAGGAGUUUGCUCCUGUAGUGAGACAGUCUUCCUAGAGACUUCCAGUCAGCUGUCCUCUGAUUAUGAAAACCUCUUUUGUAGUGGAGAAGUGGAACAGUUUAAACAGCCGUCCUACUUAGCUGCUGCUGCUUUCUUUGUAAAAUGCAGUGCUCUGCAAGGAGACUGGGUCAAUGUUGUACCUUUAAUGGUUGGCAUGUCGAGGCAGGGAAAGAGAAGAGAGUAUCCUGCGUUAAUAGAGUGAACCGCUUGAGGAAGCAAAACUUAGUUGUUGAUACAAGUAAUCUGUAACCUACAGUUCAUCUCAUAGCCAUAAUUAUGAGGACCAUCUGUAAUGAGGUUGCAUUGUUUGCAAGUGUAGGAGGUGGGGAUACCUGUAUAGUAAAGAAUAAGAAAUAAUGUGUAUGAUGAUGAAAUGUGUAUGAUGGUAUUAGCAAUGACUGUGGUGGUUGUUGUGUUUGUCUGUUUUUUCUAUAACCAUAUGUAAUCCAUUUUUUAAAUUUAUCUUCAUACUUGGGUUUGGGGUUAUAUUUUAGUCAAGGCCGUGGACUUGAUAGCUAGCAGGGUCAGCCCCUUGGUAGUUAUUGAGUUGAUCCCAUGGUCAUUUUCCCAUGAGGUUUUUUUGUUUAGUUUUGUUUCAAAUGAUGCUGCUGAUUUAGCUGACAGUGGUCCCAUUUUGUCUGUAUUUAACACAUCUGUAGUGACCAGAUCAAAAGCUUGCCAGAAGAAAAAUUGUGAAAAUGCUGGAAAUCAUUUUGAUGACCUCUUUUUUUUUUCCUUUGUAAAGCUGUAAAUACUUUUUUUAAUUUUCUAUUCUUAACGCAGUGUCAUAUUGACACUUUUUUAGACUUGUAAUCAGUAAAUCCUCAUUGUUUUUUCCUCAUAUUUUUAAAGAGGAUUUCAAGAAAGCAAACUUUUUUUGCUUAUUAGCAGUGUAAUAAGGUAGAUCAAAUUCCUAAAAUGGAUUUGUAUAAAAACAGUGUUUUCAGUGAAUAAAUCUCAGUGCUUUUGUGGAUGCAUGUUCUUCAAAAAGUCCAAAGAAUCAUAUGGUACAAACAUUUUUCAAGGAUUUAAUAAAUACCACACUAAGUCAGGCAAGAAACAAGGAAUGAAAACAUUUUUUUAAAGUAUGGGUUGGAAAAACAUUAAAUGUAACUCAGAGAAAUGUGUAAUCUAGUUAUAAAUAUAUUUUCUGGAUUUUUGUUUUUUUAAACGUGCAAACAGAAGUCAGCAAAUACAGGUCUUCCUCUGUAAAGUAUUCUUUGAUGGGACUCCAAAUUCUCAACACUUUCAAGUAUCAGCAUGAGAAACAAAUGUAACAGGUGUGGCUGGCUGUGAAACACUCCUCCCAUCUCUUCCUCAUAGCAAGAAAAACAUAUGUUGCGAACGUUACUGUAACUGCAGAAUUAUUUUUCCCCAUCUUCACUGAUUCCAAUGCCUUCAACUAGAGGGUGACCAUGGAUUGGCAUCAUUUCUGCUAACCACAAAUGAUACUGCAGAUGCAUUUUUUACACUUUUAAAAUUUGACCUAGAAUAAGAUUUUGUAUUUUACCCUCUAGCAGGGUAGAAUAUAUUUGGACUGCAAUUCAGACUUGAGGGGCCUGAUUGCUAAUUUCCUUCCCCCAGUAUAAACGGGGAGUAACUCCAUGGAAUUAUACCAGUUGGAGAUCAGAAUCUUUCUGAAUGUAGGAAGGCUUUUUAGAACUGUUGCAAUUUCAAUAUGGUAAAGGCAAUAUUAACAUAGCAAGUAUUUUAUCAAAAAUUUAAAUUCCCAUUGUCAGUCCAGACUCAGGGCAGGUCUACAUUACAGGGUUAAGUUGACCUAAGUUAUGUAACUCCAACUAUGUGAAUAACGACAAGGAGUCCAUUUGGCACCUUAGAGACUAAUACAUUUAUUUGGGCAUAAGCUUUUGUGGGCUAGAAC